ACUGGCCCCUCUCCGGGCUGGGAGCUCCGGCCGAGCGGAGGCGCGACGGAGAGCACCAGCGCCGGGCAGAGAGCGGGGAGCGGACCGCCAGAGUGGGGCUUUGCGGAGAGCGAGGGCCGGACCGAGCCGCCCCAAAGGACCGAUGCGCCGGGUGGGGCGCUGGCCCCGGAGGGCGUGAGCCGCCCGCAGAUUGAGCAACUUGGGAACGCGCGGGCGGAGCGCGGGCGAGCCGGGCGCCCAGGACAGUCCUGCGGCGGGCGGGCGGGUGAGCCGGCCGCGCCCUCGCCCCUCCCGGGCCUGCCCCCGCCGCGGCUGGCAGCGCGGAGGUUGGUUUUUGGAGGCGUCCCUGCCGAAGUGACAAAGAGUUCUCCCACGUGACACCCCAAGGUGCCUUUGAGGAACGCUCUCUGGACCUCCCUAUGGGCUGAUGAAGAAGCUGCCUCCCCACACCCUCUCUGUCCCCAGCUGAGAUUAUGGUGGAUUUGGGAUACGGCCCAGGCCUGGGCCUCCUGCUGCUGACCCAACCCCGCAGGCGUUAGCAAGAGCCCUGCACUGUCCGCCCCCCCUCCCCAGAGACCACCCCUCCUACCAGGGGCCUGGAGUUGGCGAGUGACUAUGCGGCUUGGGCUGUGUGUGGUGGCCCUGUUUCUGAGCUGGAUGCAUCUCGCUGCCGGCAGCCGGGGGAUCAAGGGGAAGAGGCAGAGGCGGAUCAGUGCCGAGGGGAGCCAGGCCUGUGCCAAAGGUUGUGAGCUCUGCUCGGAAGUCAACGGCUGCCUCAAGUGCUCGCCCAAGCUGUUCAUCCUGCUGGAGAGGAACGACAUCCGCCAGGUGGGCGUGUGCUUGCCCUCCUGCCCUCCUGGCUACUUCGACGCCCGCAACCCCGACAUGAACAAGUGCAUCAAGUGCAAGAUUGAGCACUGCGAGGCCUGCUUCAGCCACAACUUCUGCACCAAGUGUAAGGAGAGCUUAUACCUGCACAAGGGCCGCUGCUAUCCAGCCUGUCCCGAGGGCUCGGCGGCUGCCAACAGCACCAUGGAGUGCAGUAGUCCUGCACAAUGUGAAAUGAGUGAGUGGUCCCUGUGGGGGCCGUGCUCCAAGAAGAAGAGGCUGUGCGGCUUCCGGAGGGGCUCUGAGGAGCGGACACGGAGGGUGCUCCACGCCCCCGGGGGAGACCACGCUGCCUGCUCCGACACCAAGGAGACCCGCAGGUGCACAGUGCGGAGGACACCCUGUCCUGAGGGGCAGAAGAGGAGGAAAGGUGGCCAGGGCCGGCGGGAGAACGCCAACAGGAACCUGGGCAGGAAGGAGAGCAAGGAGGCGGGCGCCGGCUCCCGGAGACGCAAGGGCCAGCAGCAGCCGCAGCACCAGGGGACAGCGGGGCCGGUCACGCCUGCAGGGCUCACCUAGGGGCCUAGGGACAUUCUUCAGCCUCCAGGCCCGUGCAGAAAGAGUCCAGCGCUGCUCUGUGUGAUGAAAGCUUUACUGAACUGGAGCGCUGGGGGCACAGCGUUCACACGCUCUCCAUACGUAUACGGACACACAAACACACACACACACACACACACACACACACACACACAAGGGUCCAUGGCCAAACAUGCAACCAGCGUACAUGUGUGCAUCCGUGCGCGCGCGCACACACACACACACAAUCGAGGCCACCGGAUGACACUUUUAUCUCCCGGAUGUCACCGUGUGAACAGGGUGGGGAGGUGGAGGGGUCACCUCUGCCUGGCAGAGGGCCCAGCGUCACAGACUUGGUUUGCGAUGCUCCCAAGGGACAUGUCAGAGAGACCGUUUCCCCGCGUGCAAGCCCAAACAGAGUGGAGCCUUCUGGAGGAGCUGAUAGGAUCAGUCCAGGGUGGCAGACAGGAACCAAAGCUCAAGGCCUGUUCAGCAUCUCCAGCUGUGUGACUUUAUCAUUGGAGAGUAUUGUUACACACCCAUGAUCCGUGUCAGGGCUGCCCCGACUCUGAAAACUGCUUAAAAGUUUAUUUCAAAUUAAAAACAAAACCAAAUGACAACA